CGGCAACUGCUGUUGCCCACUGCAAGAGAGGAAAUGGCCUCAUUAAAGUGAAUGGAAGACCUCUGGAAAUGAUUGAGCCCAGAACUCUGCAGUAUAAACUGCUUGAACCUGUCCUCCUCCUGGGGAAGGAACGGUUUGCUGGUGUUGACAUCAGAGUCCGUGUAAAGGGUGGUGGCCAUGUAGCACAAAUCUAUGCUAUCCGUCAAGCUAUUUCCAAAGCAUUGGUGGCUUACUAUCAAAAAUAUGUUGAUGAAGCUUCCAAGAAAGAGAUCAAGGAUAUUCUCAUCCAGUAUGAUAGGACUCUGCUGGUUGCAGAUCCUCGCCGUUGUGAAUCCAAGAAAUUUGGAGGACCUGGUGCUCGUGCGCGCUACCAGAAGUCUUACCGUUAAAAUUGUUCUACAGUCAUGCGACAGUCAAUAAACAUAAAAAGAAUUUGAUAAA